GUGCGUCGGAUCUUUGUGCGGACCGAAACGGAUCGGUGGGGAAGAGAUAGAGAGUGAAGGAGCGCUAAUACAGCAUGGAAAUUAAGUUGGAAAACUGAAAAGUUUCCCUCAGUGCGAAUCAAAAAGCGAUCUGCGAUCGCCAGUCGAGCGGUAAAUUAGCCAAAAGGAAGGAGAGCAGAGGAGGGCGACCAUGUCGGGUAGGCGGGCCCAGUCUUUGCCGGCGCACAUGUUGGAGCCAGCGAAGCCGGAACGCGGACGUUGUGUGGCUGCCAUAUGCUUCUCAUGGAAGGUGCUCACCUGCAUUGUGUCCCAUGUGCUGCUCGUGCUUCUCGUCGUUUCCUAUUGCGUAGGUGGUGCCUACCUAUUUCAGCACCUAGAACGACCCCACGAACUGGAGGUCAAGCGUGAUAUACAGAAUCUUCGCUUUAAUCUCACGGAGAAUAUUUGGCUUCUGUCAGAUGAUGCCGUGGUCCUGAGAGAAAGCGACUGGAUGGCCAAUGUCAGUAAGCAUCUGGCCAAUUUUGAAAAGCAGAUUCUUACGGCUAUCAAGGCCGACGGCUGGGAUGGCGACGAGGACCUGCGCAAGUCCCAGUGGACCUUUGCUGGAUCCCUGUUUUACUCCAUCAUAGUAAUAACCACCAUAGGCUAUGGCCACAUAUCGCCGCGCACGGAUUGGGGCAAGGUGACAACGAUUUUCUACGCCAUCGUGGGCAUUCCGCUGAUGCUCAUCUGCCUGUCCAACAUUGGCGAUGUCAUGGCCACAUCAUUCCGGUUUCUGUACUGGAGAAUUUGCUGCUAUGUGUGCACCCGCACUGCCAAACGUCCGAGGAAUGCCCGAUCCCGACAGAGAUCAAUGCGCUCCCAGCGACACGCUCGUUCCCAGCCGCCUCCGUCCUUCCGGCGCUCCAUGAAGAUGACCCAGCGAUCAGGAAAUGACUCCGGACUGGGUCCCUCUAUGGGCCAUGCUUACUCCGAUCCGGAACUUCGCACCAUGGGCAGAGGAUACGACGACCGCGAGUUCGGACAUCGGAGCAGUGGGGGUGGCCGUAAUCGUCGCCAGCAGCAACAUUCAUACCAUGAUCCUCGUCAGCGACACACUAUUUACGCGGAUGAGUACGAGACCCAGACUAUAAACCGAUCCAAUCGCUAUAGCAGUCGGCAGAGGCAACGAGAUCGCAUGAGGGACAGACACACAGUGGAAAGGGAGCGAUAUUCCAGAUCCCAUUUGGAUGCAGGAUCCAUUGAAGACUUUAGCGACAUGCCACCGCCUACUAAAAGAGCCGCCAGUGUGCGCUCAGUUCGAUCGCCUCACAAUCAGGAUUCCUCGAAAGCUUCCAGGGAACUGCAUCGUCUUCAUUCGGCUCCUGGAAGGAGUAGGGCCAAAUCCGUGGAUCCCAGGCAUGUUUCCUCCCACUACGAAGAUGUGGAUGAGGAUGUGGUGAGGAAAACACCAAUUAUACCAAAUAGGUACGCCCUCGAUGACUUCGGCAGCGGUGGCAAUAGAAGGCAGUCAGCGCCAAGAAGUCAAUCUAUGCCGAGAUCUGCUCACCAGAGGCAACGCCAAAGAGAUCGGGAGAGAGAGCGAUCCCCGCAGCCACCACCUCAUAGUUCUCAUAGACAGAAUAAUGGCAGAAGAGCCGGAAGUCUGGGCAGGCAAUCUUCUCGAUAUGGCAACCAUCUUGAAUUACCCGAUUACGACGCUCCUCCACCAGGACGAGAUCAUCGUCGGGAUAGACGGGGUCACUCCCAAGGACGUUACGAGGACUACGUGGAAGAAAGCUUCGAUGAAGGGUCCCUUUAUGGUGACAAUAACUACGAGGAUUAUCCACCAGAACGCCAUCACUCUAGAAGUCGUGAACCCAGAAAAAAUCGACGACGGGAACGAGCUGAACGGUUGCCUCCCUCCCCGAGAAUUAUGUCACCCAUGGGCUUUCCAGUCCAACGGCAAAUCCGACGACGUCCGAGUUAUGACUACGAUGAGGAUGACUCGAUGAACGGGGAUGAGUACGGUGACUAUGGAGAUCUGUUGCCCAAGGAUCGACCCGUGCCCAUUUGGCUCUGUGUGUUUUUGGUGGUCAGCUAUAUCCUCGGAGGAGCGGUCCUUUUUGCCUACUGGGAGAAGUGGUCCUUCCUGGACUCCGCCUACUUUUGCUUCAUUACUCUGACCACAAUCGGAUUUGGAGACUUUGUGCCUGCCAAAGGAGUGAAAGAUGAAUCGGAGCAGUCCAUUGCUUAUUGUUCGUUGUACCUUCUCUUCGGCAUUGCCUUGUUGGCCAUGAGUUUUAACCUUGUCCAGGAGGAGUUCAUUGCCAAUGUCAAGGAGGUGGCUCGUCGUCUGGGCAUUCUCAAAGAUGAUGACGACGAGCAGGAUGAAGAUUAGUCUUAAAUAGUUAGGUUAUUAAAAAUACAUCACUUUUGAUCAUUAAAAUUAGGAAGGAUACACUCAUUGAUAUAAAAAUGAAUAAGUUAGGCAUUUGGAAACAAUUUGAAUUUGGGAAUGAGAUUAUAUUUAGAAAAUGAAACAAAUUUUUUAACCUAAAGAUGUUGAUUUAGAGGCUCUUUAACUAUACGGAACCGAUUCGCUUUCAUAAUAACGAUAGGUUUUCUUACUUUACAUAAAUAGAUCGAAAAAUAAAGAAUUUCAAUUAUACAUCGAACUUCGACAUCUACCGAAGUCUCUUUAUGUUAAAGGUUUAAUAAAUCUUGAACCGGCAAUCGAACUGAAGCCUCAAGGUUUCGUUAACUUUACAUACUAAGUUUAUUUAAAUAAUAAAUGUACGAAAUUCCAAGAUUGAUAUACAGACUAAAAAGAAUAUCCAGAAGAGCCAAGCAAACAAAACGAUUCGAAUUCCACUAACGUCAACGCGUUACAGGGUAGAGUACUAUUGUCAUCAGACGCGAUCAGGCCACGUUUUCUUUGUUGUGCUAAAAAUAUUAAAAAUAAAUAAAAUUGAUAUUUUAUCCGG